AUGCAGCCAAACAGUAAUCGACCGGUAUACAUCGUUCAACCAUCAAAUAUAACUCAUUUCAAUGUACGACCAACAAUAAUCACGACUGCCGGUCAACAAGUACAAACACAACAACAGUCGAGUUAUCAAAUAUCAACUGUACGUCAGCCAAUAAUGUCUCCACAACCGUCAACACUCUAUCAAGUUCAACCUCAACCUCAACCUCGUCUUCUUGGUCCAUCACCUGUCUACGCUUCUUUGCAACCGCAGCGUUUUGCUUCCACUUCACCAAGACAAAUAAUAACAACAAAUACAAAUUUAUCACCUAGUCUUCUUACACCUCAACCAGUAUCACGUUUGCCUUUGACGGCAUCACAGCCAACUACAACGAUACUACGACCAAAUAUAAUGGCAAUAUCAACUUCACCGACAGUAGCAUCAAUCUCAACAUCAAUGCCGUCAACAGCAGCAGCAACAGCAGCAGCACAAACGGCAGCUGCAGCAGCUUCGAAAGAUGUUUCUGUGAGAGUACCUAAAACUCGAGCUCAAUAUGGGAUUAUGGAAUUCGCAAGUGGUGUAUCAGUUGAUGUUAAAGAUUGGAAAGCAAUAGAAAUGAGACGUGAAAUAAAUCCAUACACAUAUCGUGCACCAACAAAUCUUGAUGCUAAUGCUUCAGUCUCAUCGGGAACAAUCACAACGUCACUUGGUCUUGUUUUGCCUAAAACCGGUGCUGGAAGUGAAUAUGGUCGUGAACAAAAGGAAGCAUUAAAACGAAAACGUUUUGCAACGAAAGGAACAAAUGUUGAAGAUCUUCCUUGGUUAUUAACUGAUCGUUCAUCAACCGAAAAAAAAUUAAAACAUUUUCGAGGAUUAAAAAAAGGUGGUGUUACAACUAAUUCAUCUUAUUAUGUAUUUAUUCAAGGCAAAGAUGGUUUCGAAGCAUAUCCUGUUGAAGAUUGGUAUGGAUUUACACCAACAAAUGUUUAUAAAACACUUGAUUUUGAGGAAGCUGAAAAGCAAUAUCAAGAACGACACAAACAUUUAAGUAAAUGGUUUAUGAAACAUCAAGUCGCAAAAGAAAAAGGAGAUGAUGAUAGUAUUGAAAACGAUGAUGAAAAAGGAAGAAAAACAACAACUAAAAGUAAACGUAGUUUUAAAUUACUUGAUAAUGAAGAUUGGAUUAAUGAAAAUGAAGAAGAAGAAGAAGAUGAUGACGAUCGAGAUGACAAAGAUGAUAAUGAUAAAUCAAAUAAAAAAUCUAAAACAAAUAAAAAAAAUAAUAAAAAGCAACCCGAGGCUUGGAAUUUAAGUGAUGACGACGAAGAAUCUGAAGCAACGCAAUCAAAAGCGAAAAAACCAAAGACGGCUGUUCAACGUCAAACAAGCGAAGAUAAAGAAGAUUCUGAUGAUGGUGAUCAUGAAUGUGAUGAAAUUGAUUAUACCAGCGAUGAAACAUCUGACGACGAAGAAGAUGUUAAAGAUGGUCAUACAGACAAAACAUCGGAAAAAUAUGAAGUCAAAGGUGUCGAUGAGCAAAUGAAAACAGUUCCGGAUAUUGACAAAAAACUUGAACAAAUGGAUGAUAAUGCAGAUGAACUUGAUUUCGAUGAUGACGAUGAGGAAGAGGACACUCAUGAUUUAGAUGACAACGAUGAUGAAAAUGGUAGAACAGCUGCUGAUGAUUUAUCUGCUGUUACUAAAUUACUCAAAAGUGAUGUAGUUAGUAAAGAAAUUGAAUCCAGUUCAGAUGACGAUGAUCUCGAUGAUUCAGAUGAUCCUGAUAAAGAAACUAUUGUACCUAUGGCUACUUCUACGAGUAAUCAAUCAGCUCCAUUGGAACAAAUUAAAACCGAAAAAGGUCACAAGAAAGCAAAGGAAGAAGAAAUGCGAGCCAUUAAAUCACAAGUUAUGUCACUUCCAACUACACCAGCAAACCCCAGUGAAACAAUUACUGAAGACAAAGUUCGAAGUUUACUUUUACGGAAACAACAUAUGACAUCGAAAGAGUUAAUUCAAAACUUUUUACCUAAAGCAGAAAACUUACGUACAAAAGAAAUGAAAGAAGGUAUUGUGCAAAAAUUAGCCACAAUAUUAAGGCGUUUAAAUAUCGAAGAAAAAAUGGUCAAUGGUAAAAAAUAUAUUAAACUUAAAACAAGUUAA